AUGAGCUUACAACACGAUCUCAAUAAUCACGAUGACCUCGCAGAGAAGAUUAUUGCCAGGGACAUCACCAUAAUCCACUUCCUGGUCGACGCAGAUACAGCCAAACAUCAACCAUCAAUCAUCCAGGCACUUGGCCAAGUGAAGAAAAAGACGGGCCAGGAAGUGCACUUUCUGCACACCACGGGUGCGAAGCAAUUCAGCUCUCAUGCUGGCAUGCCCACCGAUGCUCCCUUGCUAGACACCAACCCGCAUCUCUAUGAUCUGCAAAAGAAUGCUACGGCACCCCAUGAUUUCGUGGAUGUGUCAGUCAAAGCCCACGUUGUUGUCAUCGACACGGCGGGAGCGCACAGGGUACGGAGCUAUAUAUUCGCCCCCUGCCUAGUGUACGGUCGCGGGGACGGAUUCGGUAACCUGACCUCCAUCCAAGAUGUCUCUAUAGUGCAAGCAGCGCAAAGUCUACGUCGAGUUUGCCAUGUCGAUACUGCAACCCUGUACCUCGAAAUUCUGCGAAAGAUCCUCUCUGGCAUUGACAUCGGAUAUGGUAAAAAUGGAUCCUUCCUGGCUUCAUCAGGCAGCAUUUCUUGGAAUGACGUCUAUGCUGCGUUCGCCAAAGCCCUUGCCAAACGCCACGUCAUCGACACCGACGUAGUCACACAAGCCGAGGAGUCAGAUUUGGCCAAGAUGGCAGACGGGCUUGGUGUGGCACCGAGUGCCGUCCAGGUGCUUCUAGGCAGAAAGUGCCUCUAUACUGCUGAGCAUGGUAUUCAGAUUGGAUGGAAGCCUCAGUACGCGCCAGAUGGAACGGGCGGACGAAGAAGUCGAGCUGAUCUUGCAAGAGCUCCAGAAGAAGGCGAAAAGGGCCAAUAUUAG